UACGCGGUCGAAUUGCACUCACCGUUUGCAGGUAAACAGAGUAGUUAUGCUCAAUGUUACUUUCCAACUUUAACACCCCAACAAGAACACUCCCCCAUCUAAGUGCUCGUGUUUGACCCCGACAACGUCCCUAACCUGUGUGUUGUAUUCAGUCAUUAUGGCCACACGAGUUCGACCGGUGAGUUUAACCUUUUUUUAACGUAAAUUUGCUUUAAUCCGCGAUAUUCAUGUGCUGCCAAUUGUCUGAACAUGAUUUUCUAAAUACACGUCUGUGUGACACACAGAGCAGUAAACGAUGUGCGGUCAUCGGAGGGUCAGGUUUCCUAGGCAGACACCUGGUUGAGAAGCUGUUGGAGAGAGGAUACUCUGUAUCCGUGUUUGACAUCCGUCAGAGCUACGAGCUGCCCGGUGUGACUUUCCACCAGGGAGACCUCUGCGACAAACAGGUGAGACUCCUCUUUAACUGGACCAGGGAUCCACGAGUCAGACUUCAACCACAAAAUAUGGACCCUGGCUUUUUAAAUAACUUACACUGAUUUUUACAUUUUUGUCCAGGACUAUGAGUAUAUUUCUGUAUCAUUUAAUCUACAAAUAUAUCCUGAUAUCUUUCUUGGAAUAUUGCAAUGAACUAUCUGGUUUUGUUGUAAAUUUUUGUCGGUGUAUUUUAAUAUAUUCUGUUGCUGUUGUUGUAUAACUAUCUUUUAAAUUACCUGUCUCUAACAAAAUGAUUCUUCAGCCUGGGAAAGAAAAAUGAAUCCCUAUUUAUGUUUUUAAUUUUAGACCAAAAACUCAAGUCAGACAAUAUAACAUUUUAUAAUCCUAACUAAAAAAGACGCCAUUAUGAAGAGCUUUUAUUGAGAAAUAAUCACUUCAGGACUUUAGGCUACUGAGGAACUUUAAGUGUGUGUCAAUUUUGGCACCCCCUGUUGACAAAGUCUUUGCUUGUCUUGUCCUCUACAUGCCAAUGUAAUGAUUUUUCACCAAAAGCCUCAAUAUUGUUGACUUUUGACAGUCAAGUCUAUUAUUUAUUGUAAAUAUUUAAUGAGCAAGAAAGAGCUUUUUUUUCCGUACUGACAAUUACUCCCCAAUCAACCGUUCUAGGCAUUGACAAAGACAACAAAAACAAUAUGAAUCUGAUCACUGAUGGUCUUGUUUACGUGAGUCUAUCAAAUAAAGGCAUCAAUCAAUCAAUCAAUCAAUCAAUCAAUCAAACUUUAUAAUUGAAGCACUUUUCAUACAAAGAAUGUAGCACAAAGUGCUGUCUAUUCAAGCAGGAUAUUAAAAACAAUGAAAUAAAAUAAAUAAAAAUACAAUUACCAAAGCCACCCAUCCCUCCAACCCCCAUUCAACACAUACAGUACUCACACUCUCACACACACACACACACACACAUGCAUACACACACAAACACCUAGGAUUAAAAUGAUAAAACCAUGAUAAUAUAUAAUAAAGGUGAUAAAGCAUUAGAAGUUAAUUAAAUAAAACAAUAUGAAUCUGUCUAUUUCGUAAGCACAAAAAACUCCUCAAAGGAGAUUUCAGUUAGUUUGUGUAUGAUCAAUUACUUAAACUUAAAAAGAAAAGGAUCUGAUAGAAUUGAAACAGUAACUGUUUUGCAGGCUUCUCUUAAACGUUUGCCCCAUGAAAUAUCAAUGGCCUGGUCUGGACCAAUGACUUGUCUGAUAUAACUGUCAGCAGUUAAGGUGUCUGUCAUGCUCUGCUCCAGGCUUUGCUGCCAGCUCUGAAGGAUGUGUCCUUGGUCUUCCACUGCGCCUCCCCAGCCCCUGCCAGUGAUGACCGCGGGCUGUUUGAGAGGGUCAACAUUCAGGGCACACGCAUCGUCAUUCAAGCCUGCAUUGAGGCUGGAGUUCAGGUGAGGCAGCCAGGGGAUGAGACACUGUUUUCUUUUCUUUUUGUUUAUUUAGGCCCAAGGUUUACUGUUCAAGGCUGCCAAUAGAGAAUUUUUCCUGUCUUAUUGUGCCAGAAACUAGUCCUGACUAGCAGUGCCAGCGUGGUGUUUGAAGGGACGGACAUCAAGAAUGGGAGAGAGGAUCUACCUUAUGCCAGGAAGCCCAUUGACUAUUACACAGAAACUAAGAUUGAGCAGGAGAAGGUAGGUAAACAGGAUUUAUAACUUGGGUCAAGUUUUUCUUAUUACUGAAUAAGACUUUGAAUUUGGCACAUUGAAAUAAUUUCUUUGCUGAAACCAAAGUUAGCUACAAUCAGAGGAUCUUGAUUCAACAAAGCUAUAAUACUAAGUUGUCACGUGAGAUGAAAAGGUCUGUUGUCCUCAGCAUCGCACAACACCGUAGUUUUACCUUUUAGUGGGACUAAUUUUCAUGGACUCCUUAUGUUCCUUUUACAACCAGUCACACCAAACAGAGGGAAAAUGGUCAGAGCACUUUUUUUUGCAUAAUCUUCUCUUGAGUAAUGUCCAGAGUUGAUAAUUCCUUACUUCAAUUGUGUUUUAGUUGGUCCUGGAGGCAUGUAAUACGGAGAGGGGUUUCCUCACAACUGCCAUUCGGCCUCAUGGCAUCUUUGGCCCUCGCGACCCACAGCUGGUUCCCAUUCUUGUGGACACAGCCCGUCGGGGUAAAAUGAAAUUCAUUAUUGGGUAAGUCAAAGGAGUUUGAAGAUUGAUACUGCACUUAUCGACAUUAUUAAGAAGUCAAAUUGGCAUAAGAUAAGCUCAUCUUAUCCCAGCUGUAAGCGAAGUCAAAAACUUCUCAUUGUCAGUGUCACUGCGUUGUGGACAUGUUCAGCAUACACAUCGUUGAAGACAGUCUGGAUUCAUCAGAUGGGGCCUUGGGUACAUGGGCUGUUCAUUUACAAUAUUCAUGUUUCUAUUUGGUUUGGUUUUGACAAUGAGGGUCAUCUGAAUUCUAGCUAAAGACCUCGGAAAUAUUUCACCUUUCAUUAUGGCAGUCUUGAACACCUUUAGAGUAGCCUUGUGUAAUGUGCGGCACAAAAAACUCCUUAUUCACCGAAAAGUUGUUUUUGUGAAAACUCAUUUCCACACUUUUCAGCCUCUGAAUUGCUUCAUAUUGGCUGCUUUUCCAGUAAUGUAAAGUCAGAUACAGCUUUUGUGAGUCUAACUUUUCACAAAUCUUUUGUGGUCACAAAAAAGAGAAAAAAAAAAAACUGAAGUUGUGCUGUUACAAAAAACAUCCAAGGUUAGCCACUUGCACAGAGUUAACUCACCUUUUAGCCACAAUAGCAUGGGUGUGCUAUUGUGAUAAUGUCUGCUCGUGUUUUUUAGCCUUCAUGGAACCAUAAAAGAUGGAAUAGCCAUAAGUUUCAGUCGUCAAUAAAGUGGCUGCUUUGUCCCUAAAACAAAAAACAGAAAAGAAAAUGUCCAUCUAGCUCUGACAUUCUUAAAACUAAAAGAAGACUUAAGAGCAACUUUAAUGGAUGUACUCAAUUUACGAAUUGCAGAGCAGAGAAAAAAAAGAAUGAGCAAUGAAAUGAAUUUUAUAAGCAAGUGAAAAUUUUCACACGCCUCCAGGUUGGCAUGUCCUUGAAAGAGCCGCAGUGCAGAUGCCUGGUGGGCUCAUCCUCUUAACAUUAUCCAUAUAUGGCAGAAGGUUCAGGGGCAACCAAAAUUGUAACAUAAAUCAGUGUAAUAGGUGCCUUCUAACAUUUGUGUUACCAGAUUUUUUAAAUUGAAUUUAUCAGGUGUGCUUAUGUUUUUACUGUAAUUAAAAAAAGAAAAAAAAAUCCUAUUCCUCCUUUUUAAAAACCACACUGACUCACUCACCUACAUGACCCUCUAAUCCCACUUUUAAAAUUAAAGUCAUCAGUGGGCUCAAGGUUCAGGCUACUCAUUUACCUGAAUGAUUAAAUGCUUGACUUCUUUUUUUCAGUGAUGGUACCAAUUUGGUGGAUUUUACUUUUGUGGAGAAUGUGGUUCAUGGUCACAUCCUGGCUGCUGAACACCUCAGGCAAGACUCCCCCAUAUGUGGAAGAGUAAGUGAAAAACAAACCUAGAGCUGAUCUCAUGGAAGUGCUUCUCUAACCAUUCUGCUUUAUAAACUUAAUUUCAUGUUAAUACAACUUAAAUCUCUCAUUUCCUGCUUCAUUUUCAGCCGUACCACAUCACUAAUGAUGAGCCGAUCAGGUUCUGGGACUUCAUGUCAGAGGUUCUAGUUGGUCUGGGAUAUGCUGCUCCCCGCUACCACCUCCCCUACUCUCUUGUAUAUGGACUGGCCCUACUCCUCUGGCUGCUGGCCCUGAUCCUCCGACCUCUGUUUUCUUUUAAACCCACUUUUACACCGAUGAGAGUGGCCCUGGCUGGAACCCACCAUUACUACAGCUGUGAUCGUGCCAAGCAGGACCUGGGCUACAAACCGAUAGUCAGCCUGAAGGAUGGGAUUGCACGCACCGUGGAGAGCUACCCCCAUCUACGACAAGGGGCUUGAUGGAAGAGGGUGAAGAGGUUAAGACUGUUGAGACACGAGAGUCUGCAGGCGUUAGUUCAUGACGACCAGGCCACAUUAAAUGGACAAUUGAGAGUAAUGGGAACAAACUGCUUUAUCCAAACACCAGUGUGUGUUAUUGUGUGUGCCUUUCUCCAUAGUUAUGUACUAUCUUAACCAGCAGAUGGCAGCAUGGGGUCUUGGGUUGUGUCAACACACUACAGCCUGUUGUUUGACUGAACUUUGUUGGUCGUGAAAGCACUUUUAUGAUGGCUGA